GAGGUUGGUACACCAUCAUCAGGAGAUCGAAAUCCUCGGCCGUGGCCGCCGGAGAGUACCGGAAGGAUCGCGAGGAGUGGAGCGGCGGCGCGAUCGCUUGCCUUCUCGAUGCGUACAUGGACAAGUUCACGCAGCUGAAUUGGGGAAAUCUGAGAGGCCGGGAUUGGGAGGAGGUGGCCGUGAUCAGGAGCCAGAUGUCUGAGGCAAACCAAGAGCGUCGAGCAGUGUAAGAACAAGGUCGAUAAUUUGAAGAAGAGGUACAAGCUCGAGAGGCACAGGAUGACCAAUUCUGGAAAUUCGCGGAGUCAUUGGCCUUGGUUCAAGAUAAUGGAGCAGAUCGUCGACAAUUCGCUUCCGGCGAAGGCCACCUCUGAUGAUGACAGAGGCAUUACUUCCUCCGGUGCCACGCCUCAGAAAUCAAAGAGAAAUGCAAGUGCAAUUACUAGUCCUGUAACUCAGAUAAAUAAGCAGCCGAAAAUUAGUCUUAAAUGGCGAAGAGUGGUGUUCAAAGUCAGUGGUGCUGCUCUAGCUGGCACUGCUGCUAACAACAUUGACCCAAAGAUAACAAUGCUAAUUGCGAGAGAAGUUGCAAUGGCCUGCCGCAGUGGGGUGGAGGUGGCAAUUGUUGUUGGCGGUCGCAACUUUGGCUGAUGGGUGUGGCGG